CAGUUCGUCACAGAGGAGGGGGUGGGCUACUCCCUCUGAGGUUUUAAUAUUCAAUGAGCUCCGACCAAACAGCAAACASGGGCGACAUGACAACAGUUUCAUCCUGAGGUCGGGACGGACAGCUUCUUCAUCUUCCUCCUCCUCCYGUGAAACUUUUCUCGGGUACAAUGGUUCCGCUGCGGACGGGUACCGGCGCUCCGGUACAACAUGUAAAUACGUACUCUGACGUCGGCGAUCAUGUGGUUUUUGGCGUAGAUUCUCCUUCUGAUCCCUUCCCUGUCGCCUGUUGUCUCAUCGGCCGACAGAGAGGUUCGAAACCAUCUCGUCGUGGUUCUGAGUUCGGCGGACCCUCCUGGCUCGGACCGCAGUGCCUGAACGUGGCGCCAAAGCGGCGGACAGGCAGCAUCCUGUCAUGAAGUUCCAGAAGUUGAGCCAGUGCUGGAGCUGAUGCUGUCAGCAAGUCCAGCCCACGCCACACUACACUCAUUCCCUUUUUUACUUUAGUCACUCAUCACAGGUUCAUACACUUCUCAGCUGCCGAGUCCAACUCCAGAAAGUUUUCGAUGCUUUCCAAGUAUAGGCUUGUUCCUGUAUCUGCAGUUAUUCCUUCUGGCUGUACACCAGCACCUCAUACUGCAUCCUUUAACCUAAAGCCAUAGUUGGAACCACAGUAGCCAAACCACGGGCUGAGUACAAGUACUUUGUGAGGGCAGCUGUCCACAAUAGGGAAACCCCGAACUUCCUCCAUCAUGUCCAGUCGACGCAAGGCUUCCACUCCCUGUAUGAUCCGUCCUGAGGUGACUCCAGUAGAUCUAGAUGAUGAGGAGGGAGAAUCGUAUAAUGUGGAGAAAACAGAGAGCCAUGUUCAGGAGACACCGAUCAAUGCAGAUUCAUCUACUCUAGCAGAGCCAUCCACGGACUCAGAUCAAACCAGCAAGGCCUCAAACCCUCCCACAGGUCCAGACAAACCAGAAACUGAGCCACCAGACCCUUUCAAGCCUCGGCACAGACAACAGGGAGGCUAUGAGUGCAAAUACUGUCCCUUUUCCACACAGAAUCUCAACCAUUUCAAAGAACACGUAGACGCUAAUCAUCCGAAUGUCAUACUCAACCCGCUGUAUUUGUGCGCCGUCUGUAGCUUCAACACGAAAAAGUUUGACUCUUUAACGGAGCACAAUGAGAGAUGUCACCCUGGGGAGAGCAACUUCAAAUUCAAACGUAUCAAAAUGAACAAUCAGACAAUCUUGGAGCAGACAAUAGAGGGCUGCGGCAACAAUGCAGUCAUUUACAACAUGUCAGGGGUCCUCACUGGUAAAGGAGGCGGACUAGGUCCUCACCUGCUUAACAAACCCACCACGGUCAAACACCAAAAGACAAAAACAGUGUCAACAAAUACCAAAUGGACAGAAACUCAUUUGGGUAAACUGACCCCUGAUCUGACCAAGAAACCAAUCACAGCGCUAAACGUGAACGGGACGGUCAUCAUCCCAGAGUCGGCUCUCCUUGCAGCAGAUAGCCUUUCUCACAUCAUGCCUUCUUUACAGCAGCCUAUGAACUACACCCAGGUGCCGAAGAUUGCAGUGCCCCUCAACACAACCAAAUACAACCCGUCCCUGGAUGACAACCUGACGCUCAUCUCUUCCUUCAACAAGUUUCCCUACCCGACACAGGCAGAGCUGUCAUGGCUCACUGCAGCCUCCAAACACCCCGAGGAGCAAAUCAAAGUUUGGUUUACCACACAGAGGCUGAAACAGGGCAUCAGCUGGUCACCUGAAGAGGUGGAAGAAGCCAGGAAGAAGAUGUUCAAUGGUACCAUCUCCUCCGUACCUCAGACCUUGACUGUGGUGGCUCCACAGCUCAACUCCCACUCAUCCAGCAGCCAGUUUGUCCACGCCACUUGCUCAAAGCCCCUGCAGCCGGCAGCCUCUGUUCUCCAGUCCCUCCCCUGUCAGAUUCUGGGACAGACCAGCCUCGUGCUGACCCCUGUGGCCAAUGGCUCAACAGUCACGUGUGCUCCGCUUGCUCUCUCAGUGGCUAACCAGGUGGUACAGUCACUCAAGCGGCCCUUGGCCACACCUGUGAUCUCCACAGAGAGUAAACGACCCUCCAUCAUUCAGACCAUCUCCACACCGACAGCCACAUCCAAACUGGCUUCACCCAAAACCGUCAAUUUCACAGUCGACCCUAAUAAAACCGCUGAGCAGCUGUCAGUUCUGAGGUCCAGCUACACACAGUCUCCUUUCCCCGAGGAAGAUGAGAUCUAUAGGUUGAUAGAGACCACUGGACUAUCCAGAGGGGAAAUAAAGAAGUGGUUCAGUGAACAAAGGCUCCUCAAUCUCAAAAGUGCUCCUGCUCCGCCUGUACUGGUGAAAGCUGAGGCAACGCCGCCAAUUAAAGACAGUCCUGUUAGGAAGGCAGUGCCGAGCCAGUUUCCUCUUCUGGAGAGGGUGAAGGGGAAGACGUCGGAGCAGCUGAAUGCGCUGGAGGAGAGUUUCCAGAGAAGCAGCUCUCCAGCUAAUGCAGACCUUGACCAUCUGGCGCAGGAGACCAGGCUGUCCCGGACUGAGGUGGACUGCUGGUUUUCCGAGCGCAGGGCACUGAGGGACAAUAUGGAGAAGGUUUUACUCACCCUGGCCUCCAAGAACUCUGAGGACAGGCUGGAGCAACCAGGAGGGGCGCUGCUGAAUGGGGCUUCUCACCAAAAGCAGGAGAGGAACCCCCCCACCUUUUCUCCUCACCCGCCCGUCCUCUCCUCCUCYGCCUCUUCCUCCUCCUCCGCCUCUUCCACCUCAUCCUCCCCUCCUGUUCUUGCAGCUUCCUCUCCGCAGCUUCCAACAUACUCCUCUUCAGUAUCUCCUCCCAUCCUCAACUCAUCCUGCUCCUCUUCUCCUCCUCCUCCUCCUCCCMCCUCGCAGGCGUCUGUCUUCACAAACCAAACAACCAUCUAUAGUUAUUCACUGGCUCUGCUCAGGGAGAUGUUUUGUCGAACCCAAUGGCCAUCUCCAGAGGAGUACAGCCAGCUGGAGGCCCAAACAAAYCUGGGACGCACCGAUAUCGUCCGCUGGUUCAAGGACCACCGCUCGGCACUGAAGAACGGCGAGACUUUAGAGUGGAUGGAAGGUUUCCAAACCCCUGAAGAUCAGCAGAAAGAAGGCCAGCAACCGAACACCCAUAGUCCUGAAAACAACCAGAGUGUUUCAUCGGAUGUGAAGGCCCAGAGUGCAGCAGAGGAGGGAGGUGAGACUGAAGCAGCAGAGGAGGAUCUCAAACUGCCCACCAAAGACGGAGACCGCCGGUUGACUGACAGACUAACACAGGGUAUCACAGACCUGAGCCAGACCAGGCAGGACCAGGACAGGUCUGUCGAUGCUGAUAAAGAGAGGUGGGUCCAGGUUACUGUGAAAGUUGGAGAGGAGGCUGAGGGAGGAGAGGAAGCUCAGCGGCUGGCAGCAGACAGUGAUCUCCUGACGUUGGAGCAAACAGGGAGGGUCAUGGGCUGAUGGUGGAGGAAAUCUGUUAACGCUGAGUCAGCAGCCACAGUGAGACGACUGGAGACCACCAUGCGACGUGACUGUCACACUGUCCCUCCACCCGUUUGAGACGAAAUCCAACAUCUCUGGGGACGGUUGGGUUGUUGGACGUUGACUUCAGGAGUGCCAAAGACUUGAUGUGUCGUUCUCACUACUACUUUUUUUUUUUUUGAUCAUCAUCUGUAAAUAUUUUUCUGUAUUACAGAAAAAAGCUACUGGAAGGACAAGAUUUUUGUUUUUUGAUGCCUGAAUGUUGCCCCAAAAACCUGGAAUGUUUUCUUGAUGUUGUUUUAAGAUCAAAUUAUAUUAUAUAGCUGAAAUUCAGUCUCAUAAAAAAAUGAAAUGUUUAACUCAAGAGUAGAUUUUGACGACACUUGUGUAUUUUUUUCUGAUAGUGAUAUUCUAGAUGCCUUGACGGAGUUGCAGAGGUGAAGGUGUGGGAGGACUUGUACAGUCUGAAGACAGCAGCACUGUGGCUGCAGACGCUGAWCAGGAGCAGUUUGUUGUCUCAGCUGUGUAUUUCUGAAGCUGCUGCAGAGCUGAAUGUUGACAUUUCUGACGUACAGGAAUGAUAAGAGAAUUCAGGGUCUGUUGGAUCACACCGUGCAGCCUUUUCCAGCUCAUACUCUUAUUUUCCUUUCAGGUGAAGGAAGCACAGAGGUGUAGGAGUUCAAUAGAACACUGUAAAACAAACUCUUCUAGGC